AUGGCAAUCACUUAUGCCAAACAGCGGGAAUACAUCAACGCAAAGCCUUCCCCAAGCAUUCUGGAUGUGGAUAUGGACAAAAAGGGUAAAAGACUCCUGGAUUUCUUCAGUAGUCAGAUUACAAAGUGGAGGAAAGAAGUAAGAGCUGUUCUGAAGGAAGCCAUAAAGAAGGACCGAGAAGGAUCUGAUGGCCUAGCAGCGAUGCUUGUGAUGUUGGCACACUUCAAAGAGCAAGAGGAGUCACUUUUUUUUCUCAUUGCUGAUGAGACUACCACUCCCGCAGACGCAGAGGCCCAGCUGUCUCUCCCAGUCACUCCAAGGAUCAUCAUGCUCGGAGACACAAUCCUGACUGCAAAAAAAUGGAUGCUGUCGAUCGAGGGGAGGGUUGUAAUCCCACCUGGUGCUCACAUGGCAGACUUCACCACUGCCUUGGCCACUCUCUUCGCCUGUUACUAUGUAUUCAACCUAGAGUAUCAGGUGGAAGCCAGCACAACACUGGAGUUUGUUCAGAGGGCUCCAAUUAGGAUUCUAGGUCUCCAAGGUCAGGGCAUGCAAGAGGCCAUAGUGGCAGGGGAAGUUUAUUUUCCUUUCUGUUUUAAAUGUUCAUGCAAAUGUUAAAUAUUAAAUUUUUUUUAAUGUUCAA